AAUGCUUACAGGCAAUGACGGGCGAAUGGGGUUGAAGAGACGACGAAAAUGGAAGUGAACCGUCUGGACUUCUACAUCGGUCUCUCCCUGGCUGUGAGCUCCAGUGCUUUCAUCGGUACGAGUUUCAUCCUGAAGAAGAAAGGCCUGCUGCGAUUGGCCAGCAAAGGUUCAAUGCGAGCAGGUCAAGGGGGGUAUGCUUACCUGAAGGAAUGGCUGUGGUGGGCAGGACUCAUUUCAAUGGGAACUGGAGAGGCCGCCAACUUUGCUGCAUAUGCAUUUGCGCCGGCCACACUGGUGACUCCUCUUGGAGCAUUGAGUGUACUUGUAAGUGCUGUGCUCUCCUCCUACUUUCUGAAUGAGAGGCUGAAUGUGCAUGGGAAGAUUGGCUGUUUGCUGUGCGUCUUGGGCUCCACAGUGAUGGUGAUCCAUGCUCCGCAGGAGGAGGAGGUUGCCUCCCUCACUGCUAUGGCUGAGAAGCUCAAAGACCCAGGUUUCAUUGUGUUUGCUGUGUGCGUUGUUGGAAGCAGCCUGGUUCUUAUCUUUGCCGUGGCUCCGCGGUUCGGACAGAAGAAUGUGCUGGUCUACAUCUUGAUCUGCUCUGUGAUUGGCUCCCUGUCUGUGUCUUGUGUCAAGGGCCUGGGCAUUGGCAUUAAGGAGCUGUUUGCUGGGACAGCGGUGCUGAAGGAACCCCUGUUCUGGUCCUUAGUCAUCUGCCUGGUAACCUGCGUCAGCGUUCAAAUCAAUUACCUGAACAAAGCCCUCGACAUCUUCAACACCUCCCUAGUCACGCCCAUCUACUACGUCUUCUUCACCACCUCGGUCAUGGCCUGUUCAGCCAUUCUCUUCAAAGAAUGGUUGCGUAUGACCGCUGACGGAGCAGUGGGAACAAUCAGCGGGUUCCUCACCAUCAUUUUGGGGAUCUUCCUCCUCCACGCCUUCAAAGACAUUACGUUUAGCUAUGAUUCCCUCCCACUCUACUUGAGGAAGGGUCCUCAGGGCUUCCCGUGGGGGCAGCCUUAUGUGGCUCUUCCCAGCCACGAAACCCAAGCAGAGGAUGAGAUUAAAUUGCCCAGAGAAGGAAGCUCAAAGGGGGGCUGGGGAACUCACCAGAGAACUCCUUAAGG